UCAGUCGGGUCUCGCGAGAGAGGACGGAAGCCUGUGGGAGCCCGUGGCCUUUAAAGUGCGAUUCAGCCCUUUCCUCCGGGGCUAGUUUGUAAACACGGCUGGGCUCCGGGCUCCCUGGUGCUUGAAAGGACCAUGAAUUAGAGACCUGGAAAGAGAUACUAGAUGGCAACUUGGGAAGUGCUGCUUGCUUAGCAAAAGCUUAAGGAUUCUUGUCAACAGAGUAAAGCUCAUGGCCCACCAGCUACAAAGGAACAAUUUGUAAUUUCCAGUAUCUUUGCCAUGAAACAGAGGACAUGAUAAGCUGUUUAACUUAAUGAAAUCCAAGUUACAUGUGAAUUCUGCCAGGUAAUACAAGGACCUGUGGAAUAUGAGUGAUGACAAACCCUUUCUAUGCACUGCCCCUGGGUGUGGCCAGCGUUUUACCAACGAGGAUCAUUUGGCUGUCCAUAAACAUAAACAUGAGAUGACACUGAAAUUUGGUCCAGCACGUAAUGACAGUGUCAUUGUGGCUGAUCAGACACCAACACCAACAAGAUUCCUAAAAAACUGUGAAGAAGUGGGUUUGUUUAAUGAGUUGGCAAGUCCGUUUGAGAAUGAAUUCAAGAAGGCUUCAGAGGAUGACAUUAAAAAAAUGCCUCUAGAUUUGUCCCCUCUGGCAACUCCCAUCAUAAGAAGCAAAAUUGAGGAACCUUCUGUUGUAGAAACAACUCACCAGGAUAGCCCUUUACCUCACCCAGAGUCUACUACCAGUGAUGAAAAGGAAGUACCAUUGGCACAAACUGCACAGCCCACAUCAGCUAUCGUUCGUCCAGCAUCAUUACAGGUUCCUAAUGUGCUGCUCACAAGUUCUGACUCAAGUGUAAUUAUUCAACAAGCAGUACCUUCACCAACCUCAAGUACUGUAAUCACCCAGGCACCAUCCUCUAACAGGCCAAUUGUUCCUGUACCAGGCCCAUUUCCUCUUCUAUUACAUCUUCCUAAUGGACAAACCAUGCCCGUUGCUAUUCCUGCAUCAAUUACAAGUUCUAAUGCGCAUGUUCCAGCUGCAGUUCCACUUGUUCGACCAGUCUCCAUGGUGCCUAGUGUUCCAGGAAUUCCAGGCCCUUCCUCCCCUCAGCCAGUCCAAUCAGAGGCAAAAAUGAGAUUAAAAGCUGCUUUAACCCAGCAACACCCUCCAGUUACCAAUGGUGAUACUGUAAAAGGCCGUGGCAGUGGGUUGGGUAGAACUCAGUCUGAAGAAUCUCGUCAGCAGUCCCUACAGCAGCCGGCCACAUCCACGACAGAGACUCCGGCUUCUCCGGCUCACACAACUCCGCAGACCCAAAAUACAAGUGGCCGUCGAAGAAGAGCAGCUAAUGAAGAUCCUGAUGAGAAAAGGAGAAAGUUUCUAGAACGAAAUAGAGCAGCAGCUUCAAGAUGCCGACAAAAAAGGAAAGUCUGGGUUCAGUCCUUAGAGAAGAAAGCAGAAGACUUGAGUUCACUAAAUGGCCAGCUGCAGAGCGAAGUCACCCUGCUGAGAAACGAAGUGGCACAGCUGAAACAGCUGCUUCUGGCUCAUAAAGAUUGCCCUGUAACCGCCAUGCAGAAGAAGUCUGGCUAUCAUGCUGCUGAUAAAGAUGACAGUUCAGAAGACCUCUCCGUGCCAAGCAGCCCACAUACAGAAGCAAUCCAGCACAGCUCUGUCAGCACAUCCAAUGGAGUCAGCUCAACGUCAAAGGCAGAAGCUGUGGCUACUUCAGUCCUCACCCAGAUGGCGGACCAGAGCACGGAGCCUGCGCUUUCCCAGAUGGUCAUGGCUCCUUCCUCCCAGCACAGCCCUCAGGAAGUUGAUUAAAAACCUUCAGUGCGGCAGCUUUAGAUACUGAUUAGUGACUUCAAAGGGAAAUCAAGGAAAGACCAGUUUGCAUUUAUGCGAAAUCUGUGGUUGUAAAUUUUUUUUCUUUCUUUUUUUUUUUUUUCUUUUUUUACUUGAAGUUAUAUUUGGCUCUAGAGUUGGUGUAGUAACAGAUGAUCAGACUGAACAAGCUUUUAGUCUCUGGAAGACUGAUCUUGCUUUUUUUAUAAAUAUUGUUAGAUUUAUUAAUUUUUCUGUGCUCAAUGUGUAAAUUGUAUCAUAAUUCAUUGUGGGUUGUUUGACUUCUGUUUAGUGGUGUUUUAAUAAAUGGGGGUGUCGACUGAAUCACUCUUUCCACCCCCAUUUCUUUGCCCACCCCUUCACCCUGAGCUGUGAUGGUAGUCUUGUUAUCAUUUAUACCAAAGUUCUGCAGAGUCCCUAUUGACUUUGUAAUAUGAACGUAAGGCACUAGGGAAGAAAAGACAGAAAGUUCCUUUUAAUCUGUUUGCCUUUUAUUUUGCACAUUAUGCAAAAGGAAGAAUAUUAGAAACACUUUUUUUUAAGUGAGUAAAAGUAGUAGAACAUUAGUGCUUUGUGCACAUUCAUAGACUAAUCAAAGUCGUUCACUACCCUGCAAUGUUUUUAAGAUUAAGUAGACAAAAAUUUUGGAAUCUUGAGCAUUUCAAAAAAUUGACUUGAUUUUUUAAGUCUUAAAUUCAGUAUUUUAAACCUGUGUUCUUGAGGCUGAAAACUAUGAAAUUAUAUAAUGUAUGAUACAGGGUUGUCAGAUGUCUAGUAAUUUUAAACAUUUGCUCUUGUCAUUUUGGGGUUUGUUUUCUUUUGGUUUCUAUUGUUCAGUGUGGUUUGUUUUGUUUUGGUUUGCAGAUUUCAGGUAACAAAGUGAGAAGUUUAUGCAUAAUGAAGUAUGGUGUGGUUGCCAGAAAAGCCUAAAAUUAUGACUUAGAAAUUUAAGACUGUCCCCUCAUUGUUGUACUUGUACUUGCGAGCUAACUUGUACUUACUCUUGUGAAAGCACUGUCAUCUUUUAGUAGCCAAUUUUGAUAAUGUUUCUCGUGGAAAAAAAUCAGUAUCUAUCUUUAGAACAAUGUAAUUAUAAUGUGGGAAUGUGAGUGAAUGAGUGAGAGAAUGAGUGUGUGCGUGUGCGUGCGUGCGUG